ACAAUAAGUCAGUCUGCUGAACGCCGUUAACUGUUGUAGACGCGUUCACUUUUUAAACGUAGUGAAUAUUAUAUAGAAUUUCUAUUUCAAACCAAAGUAAAUGAAAACGUUUUAAAAAGUAUUGAAAAAACGAAAAGAACUUAUAGAUCCUUUAUACCCUUCUGUAUUAUAGAGGAUUAAAGGAUUUUUUUAUAACAAAAAAAGUUAAAGAAAUAUUUAAAUAAACUUUUGAAGUGUGUAAAUAAUCAACGUUUAAAAUGGCAGAAGAAAACGGACAUAAGUCUGAAAAUGGCACAACUCCGGAGACUACAGCAACUGAGACAGUUGCUGAAAGUACUCCUCCAGUUAUUCUCAGUGCUAAAGUAGAUGAUGAUAUGGCUACCGACAAAUCCCUAAAAACAGUUGAACCCCAAAAUGUUGCCGAAGCUGAAGGACAAGUUAAGAAAUUACCUUAUCCCAAAUCAGUUUUCUUUAUUAUCAGUAAUGAAUUUUGCGAGCGUUUCAACUACUAUGGCAUGAGAACUAUCCUGGUUUUAUAUCUAAGUCGUCAAUUAAAUUACAGUGAUGAUACCGCCACCGUUAUUUUCCAUAUCUUUACUAUGUUUGUGUAUUUCUUGUGUAUUUUCGGCGCCAUUAUUUCGGACAGUUGGUUGGGUAAAUUUAAAACGAUUCUGUAUCUUUCUUUGGUCUAUGUUUGCGGUUCCGUUUUGAUUACUUUGGGUGCUAUACCGCCUUUGAAUUUGCCGGCAACUACGUUUACCAUGAUUGGCCUGUCGCUGAUAGCGCUGGGUUCUGGUGGUAUAAAACCUUGUGUCUCGGCUUUUGGUGGUGAUCAAUUUAAGUUGCCCGAACAGAUCAAACAAAUGACUACAUUCUUUUCGUUGUUCUAUUUCUCCAUCAAUGCUGGUUCAUUGAUUUCGACAACGGUUACACCCAUUUUGCGUGAGGAUGUUCAUUGUUUCGGACAAAAGGAAUGUUAUUCAUUGGCCUUUGGUGUUCCAGCUGUAUUGAUGGCAGUGUCUAUUGUUGUUUUCGUGUUGGGUAAACCUUUGUACAAGAGCAAACCUCCAGCAGGCAAUAUGGUGGUGUUGGUCAGCAAAACUAUUGGUAACGCUAUUUCCACUAGAUGGCAUGAAAAGAAAACUAAUCCCCGUGAACAUUGGUUGGACUAUGCCGAUAAGAAAUACGACAGACAAUUGAUUGAAGAUGUUAAGGUUUUGAUGCGUGUCUUGGUUUUGUACUUGCCUUUGCCUAUUUUCUGGGCUUUGUUCGAUCAACAAGGUUCUCGUUGGACUUUCCAAGCUACUCGUAUGGAUGGUGAUAUGGGCUCUUGGGAUAUUAAACCCGAUCAAUUACAAGUGUUGAAUCCUCUAUUGAUUUUGGUGUUUAUUCCUUUGUAUGAUGUUGCUUUCUAUCCGGCUUUGAGUUUGAUUGGUAUUCGUCGUCCUUUGCAAAAAUUGACUUUGGGUGGUAUUUUGGCUGGUGUUGCCUUUAUCAUCUCUGGUGUUGUUGAAUUGAAUUUGGAGAAAACCUAUCCCACCUUACCCACACCCUAUACAGCUCAACUACGUAUUUUUAAUGGUGAAAAUUGUGCCUAUACGUUCAAUUCAAACUUGCCCGGUUUGAAUACGAUCAAUCUUAAUGCCUAUGCUUAUUAUGAAAACAAAAAUAUUCCCGUUACCACUGGACGUUUUAAUAUUGAAUAUAGGUUGACCAGCAAUGAUCCUAGUUGCUUUAGCUUUCCUGCCGGUUCCUAUCAAAUCGUCGACAAUGAAGCUCAUUCAUUGUUUUUGAGUUCGAAAAAUACCACUCAUCCUUUGAGUUGGUUUGAGGAUUACGUUAACAAACCCUCCAGAGGCAGUCCUUUGGGUAGAACUUUAAGUAAUGUGCAACCCGGUCGUAAUAUUGUCUGGAAGAUGGCCAAAAAAGAUGCUAUCGAUCAUCAGGAACCUGCCUAUUUACACAAUUUGACAGAAUUCUCUGCUGGUGAUUAUAAGAUCUUUGUGGAUAAUGUUCAGGUUACUCAGACUACUUUGAAGACUGGUGGUGUUUAUACCAUACUCAUCAACGAAAUUAAUGCUCAAUCUUAUGAUUUUAAAGUUAUUGAAAUUACCGAACCCAACUCCAUGAAUAUUCUUUGGCUGAUACCUCAAUAUGUGGUCAUGACUUUGGGUGAAGUUAUGUUUUCGGUUACCGGUUUAGAAUUCUCCUAUUCACAAGCUCCACUUGCCAUGAAAUCCGUAUUACAAGCCUGCUGGUUAUUAACCGUGGCCAUUGGUAAUGUUAUUGUGGUUAUUAUUGCUGAGUUGGCCCUAUUCGAUUCUCAGGCCAGUGAGUUCUUCCUCUUUGCUGGUCUCAUGUUUGCCGAUAUGUUGCUGUUUAUGUACAUGGCUUAUCGUUAUAAGCCCAACAAUCCUAUGGCCACCUCAGAGGAUACACCCUUGACUAAGGAUAGUGAAGUAGAUCCUAAACAUGAACUUAAACAAUUGGAGGGUAUAGAUAAUAAGGCUGCUACAAUUGAUGAAUAAGGAGGCAUACUAAUGACAAAAUUUCAUUUUAUGAAUAAUUUAGUACUUAAGUACAAUUUUAAAGAUUCUAAUUUUCAAGAGUCUUAAAAUUGAGCGGUAUUAGUAAAAUUUCUGUUAAGUUUUUUUAUAUGUAUAUGUAAUUUAAAUUUAUUGUUUAAUGUCCUUGAUGGAUGGUAAAUUUCAAAAAAAAAAAAAAGAUAAUUAAAACAAAAAU